AUCUGUUAUCACUCGAUUAGUGAUAUCAUAUCAAACGAGAGGAUCUGUAGACCCCUCAGUAUACGAUCCGGUCUGUGACUGCAACUCGGUUUUAUUGUUUACACAAGGAUGCUGGUUCGGAUGGUGAUGUCUGUGAUGUUGGCGACACUGGUGAAGACGGAACCCCCUGACGCUUGUGAGACCAUGGAACCCAGUCACGGCGGCAGUCCUCAGGAAGGACCUCCGCCAUUCACAUUUUACCUGCACAAGGACACGAUAGUGAGCCGGUUAUCAGCGCACUUCGCUAUCCUGAGCAGUGAGAGCCAGCACUUCACGGGGUUCAUAGUGCAGGCGCGAGACGACGCCUCAGGGUUGCCGGUCGGGCAGUUCGACACAGGGUGUCUCGACAUCAACACCAUGAACUGCUUCGGCGGUUUCGCGAACACUGCUGUCCACCUCGGUUCGGAGCCUAAGUCUGACGCUCACAUGCGCUGGCUUCCAGAUCUGGACUUUGUUGGGAACGUCACUUUCUUUGUAACGGUGGCCCAGUCCAGGAAAGUCUUCUGGGUGAGGCAUCCUGCGAGAAAAUUGCAAGUCAUCCUUGACGUCGCCUGAUCGUCACUUAGUCCUUAAUCUGCAAUAAUACCUUUGUUUCAUUUAUACAAACUAAUUUAAAAUACUUUAAACGUACAUUGUAAAGUAUUAAAAGCUCUUAUUAUAUAACAUAACAUAUAUUAUGGUUAUAAGGCUUUAGUAUAAGUGGGAGGGGGUGGAAGAAAUAUGGUAGGUACAUGACAGCAACUUAUUACAUAAAAUAAUAAAUAGGUUGCAAUUGUAAAUACAGGGUGAGUUACAUAAGUUUUCCUCAGAUAUAUUAAGAGAACGGUUGGAUCAAUAAUAGAGAAGAAACAAAAUACAACCUCCUCAAAAAUACAUGGACUAUAUAUCAGUAAUUAAAUUCAAAUUUGAGAAAAAAAUAUGUGCCGGAAAUAGAGGUCCCUUAUUUGAUUAUGUAAUUAGUAUUUCAAAACACGAAACUGUCACCUACCGCCUAGUGCAGUGUGUGGAAUCUGACACCUUUACUGAUUGACUCCUGCAAUCAUUACUCCACAACUGCCAGAAGAGAUCAAUAAAAAGCCAUAAAAGUGAUAAUGAGGUUCAAAACGAACUCCUUGAAUUUUUUCGACACUAGAUACACAAAGGAUACAAAAGAGCUCAGUCUAUUUGCCCAGCAGCUAUUCAAUGUAGUCUAAAUGAAGAGAUAUUCUCAUUGUCUCAUCAGUUGCACAACUCGUUACAAGAAGACGUUUUAGACACCAUAUUUUGAUUUGGCACGGCGAGGUAACAAAGAAGAGGGAUCAUAGUUUCACAUUUACUUGAAAUACAUGAAGUAACGUGUUAUUAUAGUUCAAUUCGCACGGUGCGGCGCUGCGAGAUUUAAUCAAUGGCGAGGGAGCAUAUUUCCGCAUUCACGUGAAAUACAACAAUUUCGUACUGUUGCUUUGUUAUGUGUGAAAAAUACGAGCACUGCCGCUUCUAGUGGUUUGCGUUUGUGCAGUUCUUUCCAAACUAUUGUAAUUAGAACAAAUUUUAUUAUUUUAAUAUAAAUGUUACAACAUUUUUUAUAAAUUUUACACAUAAUGGUAUUUAGCCAAUAAAGGGUUAAUGAACCUCAAGGAUUCAUUGGCCCUGAAAUGCAGGGUACAAACAAUGUCAUUGUAAGGUUUCAAUGAUCCCAGUUUCCCUCGGGCUCUGAAAUACUCCCAAGGGCUCUCGGGCUUCCCGAAUUUCUUCCUGAUGUGUUUGGACUGUUUCUGGAUGACAUUAUUUAAAAAUCAAACUUUGUAAACUUCUUAGUGAAAGAUGUUUGAUAGAGACCUUUGAAAUUUAACAAAAUAUUAGGCAUAUAUCUGGCAUGUACUAUUUGGUGUCCAUGGUUAAGAAAUGUACGCAUAUCAAGUACGAAUAAAUUACAUUUAUGUUACUCCCAUGAAGAAAAUAUAUACAUAUGCAGGUCUUGAAACCUACUUUGGUCCAGUUCAAUACGUUGAUUUUUUCUUGUUGUUCUGAUAAAGGAAAUAUCCAAAUAUAUUGGGUUUCAAGGCAUAUUUCAGCCAAUAGACUUCUACUACCGGAACUUUUUUUUAGUCUAACAUUAGUCUAACAAGUGCCAUAGUUUUUGUUUGCUUUUUUAUAAGCAAUGAAAAAAAUAUACAUACUUACGUAUGAAAAAAUACUACAGUAAAAAAACGUUUUUUUUUUUCUCGGCAAUUCACUUUCAGUCUAAUUUAUUUACGGUUCCACAGUUGAGAUUACGUUAUUGCCCGACCAAAAAUGUGUAUGUUUCGAAAACAAAUUAAUUUAAAAUAUUUUUUACGAGUUGUUGUACGAUAUUUCUAGUGCUAUAAUUGAUUUUGAUUGUUUAUCCGGAUCAGGAUACUAUAUACUCACGCAAGCUUAUAAAACUGCUAAGAUUAAAAAGCAUUCACUUUCCAUCGCUUGUGUUCUGCUUCUGGCCUAAGGGGAUGAGUGGAAAAUCCUUGAAACUAGCGUCGAUCAACAUUUCAAAACAAUCCUUUGUUAUAAGCUUUAUUUAAUAGGAAUCUAGUUGUUUAUUGCAUUGUAUGCCGAAAGGCCUUGUGUGAAAACAAUUAAAAUUAUUGGAUAGUUGUGAGUUUUCUUUUAUAAAUAUAAUAUACAAUAUAUUUGUAUAAUCAACUGAUAGUGCCAUAAGUAAGAGUUGAUAACAUGAAAUGUACCAUUGAAGACUUUAAAACAUCUAAUGCAUUGGAAAUAUGUCAACACUCGUAAACCCCCCCCCCC